UUAUGUACAUAACCAUAUGAUUGAUGGCGUACCAUGUUGUUAGUAGUUCGAGUAUCUACGGCGAUGGUGACUCUAGUUUUGUUGGUAAACGCUCGUGGUGGCAAUGAAGGUGUCAGCAUACGUGAAAAUAAACCAAAGUCGUUAAUAAAAGCAUUACGUCGUCAGCUGAUGUACGAUAACUCCGAUUAUUCACUGGAAGACACAAAUAGUACUUAUGGGAGAAAACAUGAAAAGAAAACUAGAAAGAACUUUUAUGUGUCAGAUCUUGUAAUCAAUGGAAAAGAAGACGAAGAAAAUAACUUCACCUCUGAAGUCAACGAACAUAAGAAAGAUAAUAACAAAAAUAUUGAACUCGUUGUAUCGAAGAAAGAUCUUUUAUAUUACAUUGACGAUGACAAGUUACCUUGGCAGAAAAAUUACGAUUUUCGGGCAGAAUCGACGGCAAAAUACAAGCUGUUAAAGGCAAAACAUCAAUACCGGCGAUCUGGUCAAGCACGACUUAUUCAAGAAGAAGACAAGGAAGGGGUAGCCAUAGUUAAUCUCGAUAAGGGACCUUUCCCCGAACUAAGACUUCCUAACUCAAGAAGACAAUACAUGCACGACCAUGGUGAAGUUAUGACCGAGGAAGAAGAAGUUCCCCCACCUGUCGUGAAUACGAGUGAUCCCGAAGCGGCUGCAGACGAAUUCGGAAAUGCAACAGUAACAGAAAUCACUGAUACAGUAGCAACAAACACUAACUAAUAAUUCGGCUCAUCUCGCAACUUAUGUCAUGGAAUAUUAAAAACUAGAGAAUUGAGGACAUUUUUUAAUAAAUAAAA